UGAGAUGAACAUUUUGGAUUCAUGUAGCAAGCUGGACGAACACAAGAGGAAGAAGAUAGUGCCAAUGGAGCAUUGUGGCUGCAGUAUGUAGAAGUGUAUUACUCAGAGGGAUCUUCUCAAUAGGCAGAACUAUGGCGUCGCCCGUGCAGGUCGCUGUUCGGGCUCGUCCGCUGACUCUCAGAGAGAGCAAGCCGCAAACCCAGCUCACUGUGGAGAUGACACCUCGGUCCGUGCGCCUGUUUGAUCCCAAGGGUCGGUACAGUGCCGGUGGAGUGGGCCCUGUUGUCCAGGAUAACAAGGAGUUUUCUUACGAUUUCUGCUUCUGGUCGGUGACAAAGGAUGCUGCUAACUAUGCCUCACAAGAACGGGUGUACUCUGACAUUGGCCCGGCAUUGCUUACUGGUGCCUUCUCAGGCUACAAUGCCUGUGUACUGGCAUACGGUCAGACGGGAGCUGGCAAAACCUAUACCAUGAUGGGUACCAAGGACGAUCCUGGUCUAAUUCCACGCCUAUGCAAGGCUUUGUUUGAAGAAAUAGAUCGACUUCAAUCACCAGAUGUCUCUUAUCGCACGUCUGUGAGUUUUUCCGAGAUCUACAAUGAGCACAUUGGUGACCUACUGCACCAGUCAUCUCAGAAGAAGGUGCAGCACACACUGAAGGUGCGCGAGCAUCCCGUCACCGGUCCCUACGUGCCCGACCUGACGUCGCACUCCGUGACCAACUACAAGCAGAUGCUACAGCUGCUGCACCGAGGCAAUGCUGCCAGAGCAACUGGUUCCACUCAGAUGAAUGAAACUAGUAGUCGGUCACAUGCGGUCUUCACAAUAACCUUCAAAAAGGCUUGCUUCGCCGGUGACAAUCCAUGCGAGACCAACAGUCACAUCAGCCUCGUGGACCUUGCCGGCAGCGAGAGGAGCAAGGACACAGGCGCGACGGGCUCGCGCCUCAAGGAAGGCAAUCAGAUCAACAAGUCUCUGGUAGCACUGGGAAACGUCAUAUCUGCCUUAGCCGACCAGUCACGGAGCAAGAAUCGUCGGCGCACGGCAGCACACAUACCUUACCGUGACUCGACCUUGACGUGGCUGCUGAAGGACAGCCUCGGUGGAAAUUCACUCACUGUCAUGAUAGCUGCUAUUUCACCAUCAUACCAAAGUUUCGGUGAGACGCUAAGUACACUGCGCUACGCAAGUCGAGCUAAGGACAUUGUCAACCGUCCGGUGGUGAACGAGGACUCGAAUGUGAAGUUGAUCCGAGAGCUGCGUACGGAGGUGACACGUCUUCGAUCAGUGCUCAAGGCCAUGCAGAUUGACCUCGCCGAGGGUGUUGGAUCCAAUUCACUGGCCGAACAGCUGAGAACGUUGGAAAAGAAUGAAACCCUGGUAAACCAUCUGACUAAGCAGUGGGCUGGACAGUGGGAUGAUUACAAGCAAUCCAAUGAAGAAGUGGCCAUCAAGGACGAAGGUGUGAGCGUUGCGCUCAACUCCGACGUACCACAUCUGGUAUCCAUCAACAACGACAUCACCUCCACCGGCGUGCAUCUCUAUCACCUGAGGGAGGGCACGGUUCAUCUGACCAGCAACCCGACUAAUGACCAAGAUGUUGCUCUGUGCUCCAACAAUAACGAAGAGCUGGAGUGUGAAAUCACCAACAGCUCGCGCAGUGUCAGCAUUCGACCCAUCCACGGCCAAUGCUCCAUCAACAGUGAGCUGAUCACGGAGGAGACACGGUUAGAGCAAGGUCAGAUUCUCCUCAUUGGGCGACAAAACAUAUUCCGUUUCAACCAUCCUGAAGAGGCUGCGAAGCUGAAAAGGCAGAAACACGAUAGUGUGGCUCGGCAAUCUUCGCUGGACAUUGCAUCCCUCUUGUCGCCACAAAGAAAAAAGGAAACGCCAAAGCUGCGGCGGUGCAAAACCACUGCAUCUGGUUUCGCAUCGUUACAUAUAGAUCACAUCGAUGAUAGAACUGGUGAUGAUUUCUCUACCAUCGAAUGCCAGCCCAUUGACAGUGUUGAUGACCUGCAUUCUCGCAAACAGUUUCCAAUGGCCACCGAGACGCCUACAGGGCUGCAUGCAGCAAUGCCGUCAGACUGCUCCACCCCGAUACUGCACCAUUCCGACAUGGUCGCAGAAUGCAGUGCAUUGCGAGAGCGCUCGCUGAGUGAACUAUCGUUUGAACAAGCUGAGCUGGUAGCCGAGUGCCAGCCAGACCAGGUGACCAGUGAAGCGCAGCAACUUGCUGACCUUCUGCUCUCUACGUCCUUCAAGCAAACAGAGCUUCUGGGCAGAUUGGAAAGUCGCCUAUCAAGUUCGUCAGCAAAUUCAGCGUGUGCAUCACCAUGCACAGAUAAGUGCAAAUCUCCUUCACUGUGUCAUGGUGCCAGUGAGGGACAGUCCCCGACUCUAAGUGGGCGCGAGGCUGCCGAAUCUGAGCAUUCUCAAGGUACUGACUCUUCCUUGACCGACCUCACUGGAUCACCAUCAGAUGGCCUCGGUCGCCUCAGCCCCGUGACAUUUCCUGCUGAUACCGUACCCAGCUGCAGCGACUGUGUCUCGCCGGAUGGCCACGAGGAAAGACAACACGCUGUUGAUGCGACUGAGUACUGUGCGCCUGCCCCUGACCAGCACUCUCCCAGCAAUGCUCACUCUAGGGGAACUCCCUCUGACCAGGGAAACUGUCAAGCAGGCAAUACGCUUAGCGGUGACACUGUACUGCACCCGUCGCAGCCACCAAGCACAGCAUGCCCCGGUAGGUUUGUUGUGCCGAUCGCGCAGCAUAGUAGUGUUUCGGUGCCGGCAGGUGAAGUGGUGGAGCACACAGCUACAGCCAGCACUGUGCAAUCAUGUGCUGCACACUCUGGUGAAGUGGUGGAGCACACAGCUACAGCCAGCACUGUGCAAUCAUGUGCUGCACACUCUGGUGAAAUGGUGGAGCACACAGCUACAGCCAGCACUGUGCAAUCAUGUGCUGCACACUCUGGUGAAGUGGUGGAGCACACAGCUACAGCCAGCACUGUCCAAUCAUGUGCUGCACACUCUGGUGAAGUGGUGGAGCACACAGCUACAGCCAGCACUGUGCAAUCAUGUGCUGCACACUCUGGUGAAAUGGUGGAGCACACAGCUACAGCCAGCACUGUGCAAUCAUGUGCUGCACACUCUGGUGAAGUGGUGGAGCACACAGCUACAGCCAGCACUGUG